AGUGCUGCCAGAUAACACGACUAUGUGGACUAUGUGCUCAAGAUAACAGGCAAGGCGAGUUGGAACUUGAGACUGAGGAUCGUCAUGCCAGUUCCUCGUGACGUUUAAAUCUAUUUAAAUUUACUUUGAAGGCUAGGGUCCUAAGGGUCUCAGUUCCAACCAAUAAUUUUUACGACUCCAUCCUCAUCAUGGCAAGCAGACCUGAAAGCAAAUGCGGCGAGAAGGUAGAUGCAAAAGAUCAGCUUGUAACGGAACUAAAAAAGCUUGAAAAAGACAUAAGCAAAGAGCUGCACAAUGUGAUGUCGUUUUGGCUGACAAACUCCCAUGAUAGGGAAAAUGGUGGUUUUUAUAACUGCCUUGGAGAAGACGGUUCUGUGUAUGAUAAAUACAAAUACGUUUGGAUGUUGGGAAGACAAAUCUGGACAUACUGCCGUCUCUAUAACGAGACAGAAAAAUAUCAUAAAAAGGAGAUUGUCGAUGUUGCAAAGCAAGGAGCAGAGUUCCUUCGCAGAAAUGGUAAACGAAGUGACAAUAGGUGCUACUUCUGCCUCACAGCUGAUGGGAAACCAGUCAAGUUGCAGAGGACCAUCUUUUCUGAGUGCUUUUACGUCAUGGCCAUGUCCGAACUGGCAAAAGCGACAAAUGAUGCCAGUUACAAGGCAGAAGCAGUUGCCGUCAUGAAAAGCAUUAUCAAUUGGUAUGAGAGCGGGGAACUCCCCGAUGGUCAUUUGCCGCUCGAAGGCGCAACCCCGGUAAAUGCUCUGAGUGGGCCAAUGAUGAUGCUUGGAAUAACAAAUCAGAUUUGCUACUGCUUUCCCGAAUUCAACGACGAAUUUAGAGAUUUCAAAACCAGAGCCGUAAAAAUGAUUUUGCAACAUUUACAACAGGACGGAGAGGUCGUUCUAGAGAAUGUAUCUGUGAAUGGAAGUGAAAUUGAAGGUUCGGCAGGGAGGCUGAUGAAUCCAGGACAUGCACUCGAGGCUGGCUGGUUUUUGCUCGAGUACGCUGAGGAAACUAGAGAUGAGCAGCUCAAGAAUGUCGCUAUCGAGAAGUUUAUUAAAUUGCCAUUCGAAACGGGCUGGGACAAAGUGCACGGUGGGCUGUUCUACUUUCUUGAUGCAGAUGGUUUGUCCCCUGUUCAGCUCGAAUGGAACAUGAAACUAUGGUGGCCAGUCUGUGAGGCAAUGAUCGCGUUUCUCAUGGCGUUUAAAUAUACCCACGACAAGCAGUUCUUAGAAACAUUCAAGAAGGCUCUAGAAUAUGCUUUCCAGCACUUCAGAGAUGUUGUGCACGGAGAAUGGUACGGAUACCUGGAUCAGCGUGGCUCUGUCACGCACAAUUUUAAAGGUGGUCCAUUCAAGGGAUGCUUUCAUGUACCCAGGACUUUGCAUAUGUGUGGAAAAAUGUUGGCAGAAAUCAUCCAGAAACUUCAAUCUUGAAACAGCAGUUGAAAAGCUUGCAUUCAACAUAAUGUAUGCAGAUCAAAAUAACAUGAAAACAUAAUGAUUAAUAUGAUGGCAUUUUAGUUUAAUUUACAUAAAAUAUGAUAGAAUGUUGGUUGGGUAUUAAGAUUUUUCACAUUGUUUUCCAGAAA